CGACUUCACUUUCCCUCGUCGAUCCUCAACACCUUGAUAUCUUGCCAAGCAUCCACGCAUUGCUGCGCCUGCCAUCAUGCCUCGUAGACUAGCAUCGCAGGUGCCACAAACCAUCUCCCGCCUCAUGCAAGGCGGUUUCCUCAAGGCACCCCCAACAGCAUACAGCGCUCUCACCGAGUACCCACCGGUCCAAGUCCCCCCUCGUCAUCCCUACCAGCGUGCAAACCACGACCUACCCGAGCCAUCCUCGUCUCACAUCGCAGCCGCCACAUGCCGUCGCGCCAACAGUGUCAAGAAGGUGCGCACCCGCACACCGUCGCUCAAGCCAAAGCCUAUCGUAUAUUUAGAGGACAAGGUCAGGCUGCAAUUUUAUCGCGAUCAUCCUUGGGAAGGGUUCAGGCCAAGGAUCUUGGUCGAGCACGAGACGCUGCAGAAGGAGAAGCUACCUGAGCCCGAGGUGACUGAGUUGACUUGGUGGUCGACCAACCCCGGACCAGAGGACGUCAUCGCCCUCACCUGCCAUUUGCACCGCCACCACUCCCUCUCCCUUGCCCAAGCCUACCACCACUCCCUCUCCCAAUACCACACUCUGCGCGCCGAGCAUGAGACGGCCUCGCGGUACGCCCUCCUUGAAGCGCAGGCGUACGGCGCCGCCUUCGCGCCUCCGGACGUAGAUGGCAAGAAGGUGGACCCCUCAGAUCUCUUUGCCGAUCGUCUUGGCAGCAACAGCAGCAGCAAUGGUGCACGCAGCAGUGCUGCAUCGAUGCCUCUGCACGCUGCGCCGGAGACGUACCGCGGAUUUGCCAAGGAGACGCAAGCGCUUACCGCUACGGCUGCUCAAUUGGCUGCAGAGUCACAGGCCCUGAACGUAGACGGCGGGGCAGGCGCCGCGGGGGCUGGCGGAUCAGGAGAAGGAGCCAAACGUGUCAAGCCUUCGAUGCGCGCCGAUAGCUGGCAAGCAGGACAAAGCUACGCACGGCAAGCGCGGGCGAUCCUGCUCGAGGGAACGGCAGAGGCAUUUUCGGGAACGAGGGCGAUGCAGCAAAGUGGGGAAGGGCAGGCUGCUGCGGGCUCUGGGCCAAUGGGAAUGCCGGGUAUGAGUCAGAGGCCGGACUCGUUGGCUGAGUGGAGACCGAUGUUUGAGACGCUUUCAAGCGGGAGGCCGGUACCUCAGCUGACCACUCAACAGCAGGGCCAGUCACAGCAGAGGCCAGCGAGCCUUCUGGACCAAUUUGACUUGGGAAGCAGUGGCAGCAGCAGCAGCAGCAGCAGCAGUAAGAAGCAGUGAGGCAAGCGAUGCGAUCGAAUACAGUAGCAUGAUUACAGCGUCUACCCGGCCUUUACAUGUUUGCCUGCUGCUGUGAGGAUGUGACAGAGGCCUGGGUGCCAGUACUCGUCCCGCUGCCAGGCAAGGGAAGAACGGCUUCCUUUCUCGCCCACGCA